CGUGAACAACAUGGGACAACGCUUAACAAAUGAGGAGGGGGAACAAGUUGAGAUUGAUGUGGCUGAACUGCAGGAAUGGUAUAAGAAGUUUGUGGUGGAAUGUCCAAGCGGGACUCUUUUCAUGCAUGAAUUCAAACGAUUCUUCGGAGUACAGAAUAACCAGGAGGCAGCGGAAUACGUGGAGAACAUGUUCAGAGCUUUUGAUAAGAAUGGGGACAACACCAUUGAUUUCCUAGAAUAUGUGGCUGCUCUGAAUCUUGUUUUACGAGGGAAGUUGGAACACAAACUGAGGUGGACGUUCAAAAUAUACGAUAAGGAUGGCAACGGCUGCAUAGACAAACCUGAGCUCUUAGAAAUAGUUGAGUCUAUUUACAGGCUUAAGCAAGUAUGCCAGCCUGAUGAAGAUCGAGGGGCACCUCGUCUUACUCCAGAAGAAGUUGUGGACAGGAUAUUUCAGUUAGUGGAUGAGAAUGGAGAUGGGCAGCUUUCUCUGGAUGAAUUCAUUGACGGGGCCCGGAAGGACAAGUGGGUGAUGAAGAUGCUACAAAUGGAUGUGAACCCAGGAGGAUGGAUUGCUGAGCAGAGGAGGAAAUCUCUGUGACCGGGAGGAUGUGAUGUGGGGCAGCGGCUGGUUGAGUGUGUUGCAUUUCCAGUUGUAACCAAACGGAGAGUGCUUCCUUUCAUUCUAGAAUCAUUUGCAUAACCAAAAGCAUUAUCCAGCAACUCCGUGAAGCACGUGUAUUGAAAGUACCACAGGGUACUAACCUAUGUGAGCCAUGGCUGGCCAGUCAUGCUAGGAAAUAACCAUAUGCAUAAAUAUUGUCCUGUUUGCUGGUUCAGGUAUCAAAAGGGACUGACUUAGAAGAGUCUCAAAAGUGAACACUGAUUGUCAUUUGAUGCUCAGGUGCACAAAGGGACUGAUUAGUGAGUCACAAUGCUUUCUUUGUAGGUGUAUGUCUGCUAUUUUAUGUCUGAGGAGAAAGAGAUGAACUGGCUGGAACAAAGGAAGUUCUUUGGUAACAGAUUUUGAGAAUAUGGCUGGUUAGUCUGUUCUGAUUCUGAGUUUGUGUGUUCCAAGGGUUUUACUUGAUGUUAAUAUUCUGCUGCUAACCUAAACCAUUUGGAGGCUGUUUCAUCGCAAGUGAGAUGUUCCAGCUUUUUGUAACAUUGCAAACGCACAGCCAAGCAUAUAUGGAAUUGGAAACAGGAAAAGAACCUAUUUACUA